AGCUAUGAAGAUGCGUGAAUGUGUGAAGAGUAAAAUAUUGCAUUUAGCUUUCUGCAUAAAUUGAUGCAAUUCUGCGGUGAAUUGAGUACUCUUAAGCACAAUUGCAUUCGUUUCGUGGGCCUACGAGAAAAGUGUGCGAUAAAAUUAGAUUUUAAUCCUCAUGCAAGCUAACUUUUGAGCAUCUACUACUACGAAUGCCAAAAUCAAAGGAAGUGUUGUCAACCUCCACCUCUGGUAGCGACUCUGACAGUGAAGUGGAGACAAAGGCCAAAAGGAAGAAGCCAACCCCACCUGAGAAGCCCUCAAAGAAACAGAAGUCUGGGGAGAGUUCCAGGGCAGGCGGGUCUUCCAAAGGCAGCAACAAAGAUGAUAACAUGUUCCAAAUCGGGAAGAUGAGGUAUGUGAGCGUCCGUGACUUUAAAGGCAAGGUGCUGAUUGACAUUCGCGAGUACUGGAUGGACCAGGAGGGCGAAAUGAAGCCCGGAAGGAAAGGCAUCUCUUUGAAUCCAGAACAGUGGAGCCAGCUGAAGCAGCAAAUCUCUGAGAUUGAUGAUGCUGUGAAGAGGAUAUAAUCUUUGUUUAGAAGUACAGCUUGCUUAGUGUUUUUAGACUUACCAACUUUUACACUGGCAUAAAAAUGUUUUCUAAAGGAAAUAAUUCUUUUUUAAGCAACUAAGACCACAUUGUGUAUAUAUGCAGUUCAGUUGAGUUUCAAUAUUUUCUGCAUGUGUUGUGUAGUGGGUACAAAAAAAAAGUGUUUUAUCAUGUUCUAGGAUGGCUCAAGCCUGUAUGGUAGGAAAAGGUGCAAGGUCUGAGAGAUUCUGUUUGUUCAUAGUAUUAAAUAAAGGCCAUAAAUGCUCUGAUUAAA